AUGCGCAACGAAUACAAGACCCCUACCGACGCUCUCGGCAAGCGUUCAGAGGUGGAAGAAAUGCGGCCAAAAGCUUGUUGGUGGAAAGAGGUGACCAACUUGUUCGACGGCUUCAGCAUCGAGUAUCUGCUAGACACAACCACCGACUGGUCUUUCGAGCCCUACACACACAUGUUCAUCGAUCAAAGCGUCCGUCUGGACGAUGAGGCGACGCGAACCGACGAAGAGGACGACGCACGGCAAGAGGCCAUCCAUCGAGCCAUCAAGAAGCGAUUUAAAGGCGUGCCCUUCCGUAUGUGGACGACCGAAAACCUUGUCUUUGUCAGCGUGCAAGACGCCGAGCUUCUGCAAGCACUGUGGCGCUCGCCCUUGGUCUGCGAAACGACUCCCCUGAAGCUUGUUUACCGCGGUCUACCAAUCAGAAACGCCACCGUAUGGAGUGGCAACCUGGACAACACGUUGACAAUGUUGGAGCUGGAAGCGUUCUGCAAAAGCUACACGGUUGGACGUAAUAACUCUGUUGCUAUACUGGCAAAGCUUCGAGACGAAGAUCAGGAGGAGUACGAAGGUCCCAUCGCUACGGGAGACGUUAUCUUCUUUUGCAGUGAUCUCAGUCUGCGGAAAACGCCGAAAAUGAAUGGCAAAGCGCUUCGAUUCGUCUCAUACGCUCGGGCCGAAAAGCACGGCAUCAUAGACGGAAUGCCAGAUGGCAAGUCGUAA